CCAAAUUCGACUAAAAUUUUAAAAUACGCACCUCCUAAUAUCGAUUCGAUUCGAUCGAAUUCGGUCAGCACCGUGUAGUGCUGAUAGUGUUCAAAUUUCGCCGCCGGUAGUGUUGACAAACUCCAAAUUCUAGCUGUUGUUAUUCUCAAAAAAGAAGAAGAGAAGAACACGCACAUUUUAUACAAUCUGUAAAAAGAAAUAAAAAUUUCUACGAAAAGAACACAAGACACAAAAGAUACAGACAUGCCGCGACCCCCGAAAAGAGCUCACUUGGAGGCCAACGAGGAGCAGGCCCAGGCAGCUCAGCCGCAGGAGGAAUCCACUCCCGAAGACGUCGAGGCGUUCACAAACCAAGCCUUCAAGAACGUAGUGGGAGCCACGAGGGCGGCCAACGCCUUUCCCCAGGGAAACGCCCGCGCCCUCUAUUUGAGCUACCCGGGCUACGCACGUGUCAUGGACGAGCUGUCCCAACGGGUGGUGGGGCUCAUCGGAAACGUGUUCCAGGCCAAGGAGAUCAAGGGCGACAUCAAAAAACGCCAACUGGAAGAACAGUUUGAGAUGGUGCAGGAGUGCAACGACAUACUGUUCGAGCGCAUCACCACCAAUCUGGACAUCAAGAGCGGUCUGCGCCGGAAUCCACAGCAGGUCGUGGAGGCCCAGGUGGAUGUAAUGAGCGGCUCCACUUCCGCAGAGCCAGCGGUGGCUUCUCCACAAACCCAAGAGACUCCGAAGGCGGGCAGCUGGAACAGAACGACAGGAACACCGCAACGCAACAUGGUUUCCGCUCGCCUUUUUACGGCCAAAAACAUUGUUCGCCCGCAGACGCAAUUCAAGGAGCCAGUGGACAACAGUGCCCAUAAUCCGUUUGUUCCCAGGCUUAAGGAGAAGCCCAAUUCACUGAAACCGCUUGCACUACUGCCCGAAUACGAUGAUGCAGGCAAUAUUCAAUCCUAUUUGCAUCCCUACGAGUUCGAGCUGCUCAAGUUCCAGCCUCCGGCAGAGCAGCUCCAAAAACAGAAGCCAGUGCUUCCAGCUCUGAUGGCAGACACCGAGCUAAUGGUGGUGAACACGGUUGAAAGCCUGCAGCAGGCCUUGGAGGAAUUAAGACAAGCACCCCAGAUCGCCAUCGAUGUGGAGCACCAUUCGUAUCGCACCUUCAUGGGCAUCACUUGUCUGGUUCAGAUGUCCACUCGCAACAAAGAUUAUAUUUUUGAUACCCUAACCCUGCGCGAUGAGAUGCACAUUCUGAAUCUGGUUCUCACAGAUCCCAAGAAGCUAAAGAUCUUGCACGGCGCCGAUUUGGACAUUGAGUGGCUGCAGCGGGAUUUGUCCUUGUAUAUUGUCAACAUGUUUGACACGCAUCGGGCAGCCAAAGCCUUGAACAUGGCCAGAUUAUCGCUGGCCUUUCUGCUAAAGAACUAUCUGGACUUGGAUGUUGACAAGAGUCUGCAACUGGCUGAUUGGCGAAUGAGGCCACUUCCUCAGCAGCUAAUAGACUAUGCGCGGCAGGAUACGCACUUUUUGAUAUACGUAUACGAACGGAUGACAAACGAUCUGCUGCUGCAGAAGGAACCAGGACUCCUGAACAGCGUCUAUCAAAUGAGCACUGAAGUGUGCAAGAAGCGUUAUAACAAGCCUCACAUCGGACCGGAAUCUCACAUGGAUUUGGUGCGAAAAACGAAACGUUCCUUCGACAACCGCCAGCUGUACGCCCUCCGCGGAAUCUUCGAGUGGCGCGAUGCGACUGCUCGGUCAGAGGAUGAGAGUUAUGGCUACGUGCUGCCCAACCACAUGAUGCUCCAAAUCGCCGAGAGUCUACCCAGGGAGAUGCAGGGCAUCCUGGCCUGCUGCAAUCCCAUUCCGCCGCUGGUGCGCCAACAGCUGCACACGCUCCACCAGAUUGUCCUCAAGGCGCGCGAUCAGCCGCUGGUCAAACCCAUUUUGGAAGCCCGCAGCAGCACACAGGCAGCACUGCCGCCCUCGACCAAAGAUUUCAGCAGCAAGCUCUACUGUCCGCACGACUUUUCGCAUCAGGACGAGACCCGCGACGAUCUGCCCACGCUGUUAAAACGCAGUACUGCUUCGGGAAAACUCGAGCUGCCCAGAGAAGAGGAUAUUCCAAAAGAAGAUCAACCUAUUGCGGCACCAGCAAUGGCUCUGUUUGACAAGCCAGCCAAACGCACCCCAGAAGAGGAGCAGCAAUGGGCCCAUCUGCGCAAGGAGAGUCAGACCCUGCGCAUGCCCUACAAACGUUAUCUUGCCAUUCUGCCGCUGAUGGAACAGCUGAAGGCGGAUCAGGUAGCCAGGGAGCGCAGUGAGCUGCUCAAGAGGCGUCUGUGUCCAGCGGCACCAGCUCCGGAGCAGAACAUCAAGCUGGAACCUAUUGUCAUCAAGGAUGAAGACGAUGCCAUGUACUCCGUGCCGCUAAGGGAGCAACUAAAGCGCAAGCACCAAACAAACGGCAAAGCGGAUACGGAUCAGCAGCCGACCACCAGUAAGAGAUCCCGCAAGGAUGAAAACACAAAGCCUAUAGUAAGGCCAGAAGUGCCAGUUAAAACCGAACCCGCAGUAGUAGUUCAUCAGGUUCCAGGCGAAAGCGAUGAUGAGGUCGUGGAAGUUCCCAUACAAAGGCAAUCCACAGAGCCACCGAAACCUCCGCCAGCACAGAGCAAGAAGCAGCAGAAGCGAAACCAGUUCCAGCGUGGUUUUAAGGCCAAGAAUCGGGGAAAUCAUCCGCAGAGCUCCAGCCAGCAGGUUGCGCAGCCCAAGGCUGAAGGUAACUUUGACUACAAGAACGUGGACUUCCGGCAAUUCAAGGGAGGGGCGCAAAGAGCCCGAGGAACAGAAAUCAAGCAGAAUAUUCGCGGCAAGAACCGUCCCAACAACCGCAACAAUAAGCAGUUCAACAAGCUAUUUACAUUUAGUAAUGUAAAGAAAGAUGGCAAAAAAUAGUUAGCAAUUGUGACGAAAGUCCGUUAAAUAUAUAUAAUGAAAAAUAUAUAUAUUUAAGAUGUGGACUUAACAGAAAAAAUAUAAAAACCACCAAAAUUGAUGUAGACAAUUGUUUAUUUUUGUAAGUUACAAAACUAUAAUUUUUAAUUUUGCAAUUUCCUAAAAUAUUACCUAUUAAAUAACAACCGUAACUAUUCA